GACAUUUAUAUAUAUAUAAUAUUUAUUGCGUGAUUUAUUAUCUAUUACGAACAAGUGCUAUACAAAAUGUAAAAAGUUUUGCGCAGAUUUCUUAUCUAUAGUUAGCUAUUCCCCAAAGUCACAUCUAUCGGCCAUUUUGUUAAAUUUAUUUCUAAACGUAUCCCCUCCAAAUUGAAAACAACCGAAGGUUGACGCUGUUCUCGAUCUCGAUAAAGUAUUUUUGGUUAGGUUAAUAGCUGUAUAGAGGAUAUUUAACAUGAUUUCAGUGAUCAAAUAAUUUUAUUUUAUAACAAAAUGGAUGUUGCUGGAGAUUUGACAUUACAAUGGGUGGAGGAGGUGGGAAAUGUCAUUCACGAAGAAGUAAUAUAUGGUUUAGAGGCACAGCUUGUUGGAGCAGAAGAAGAAGUAAUAGGGGCUUGCGAAGAAGUUGCAAUAGAGGAAACAGUAGAAUCAGUUCCCAAUGUAACUUCUACAACAGAAUCAGAAAUACUAAUGGUACCACAAUCGAACGAUAUGGAAUCUAUUUAUAUAGUUCCACAAGAUCAAGGUCAUGACUAUCUCAAUAUACAGGUUACAGAGGAAGUAAUUGCAGAUAAUUGGGAUAGAUCUGGUCCAGAAGAUGGGGUUGAAAUACCUGAAACAAAAGUGUCCCAUGAAAAUCUGCUUGAAUAUGAUGACAUGGAAAUACCAUUGCCAAUUGAUCAAGAUUCUUAUACAAAUAGUAGACCUUAUCCAUGUGACUUUUGUAGCAGAAGGUUUAGAAAAAAAGCAAAUUUAAUGAAUCAUAUGGUAGCACAUCAGACAGAUCGUCCUCAUGGUUGUAAUUUAUGUGGAGCACGUUAUGCAAGAAAAUGUGAUCUUAUGAAUCAUUUAAAGAUUCACGCAUAUGCACCAUCUAGAGAUGGUUUAGAGGAUGACUUAAAUGAUGAUGAUUCAUUAAUACCAGAGGAAGAAGAAACUACUAAAGGUAGACGUAAAAAAGUUCAAUCAAGUGUACCUAGAAAACGUAAAAAUAAUUCUGCUAUUUCUAAACGCAAUAUGGAAGAUAGUAAGAUGGAAAUGGGCAAAUAUGUCAAUAAGUCUUAUGAUUAUGUUGACGAGGAUAUGCGUCUUUUGGAAGAAAUGACUAGUAGAAAUUCUGCACGCAGUGGUAAUUAUGCUUCAAGCUCAAGAUGGACUGAACAAAUGUCACCUGUAUCAACUGAACCUCAAGCACCACGUUGGCCUAUAACUGAUCCAACAAAACCAUAUGUGUGUCAAUAUUGUGGUGUUGGUUUUGCAAGAGAAAAAGCACUUGCAUCUCAUGCACGUAUACAUGGUGGUGAUAGUCCAUUUGAAUGUACAUCAUGUGGUGAUAUGUUUUGGGAUGUUAAUAGUUUAAGAGAACAUGUUCGUGUCAAACAUGGUGGUACAGUACAAUCUGAUACAGAAGAAUAUGAUAAUGAUGCUACAUAUACAGGAGAUGAAAGAUUUGGAGAAUUCUAUUGCAAUACUUGUGGUGUUCCUUUUCACCGUUUGGACUUACUUAAACGUCAUCAAAAGAUUCAUGUUAAACAAGAAACUGAUAUGGUGGAAGGUCCAAGUCAACAUCAUGUUUGCAAUGUUUGUGGUGAAUGGUUUGAAGAAGCUUUAGCAUUAUUAGCACAUGCUGAACUUCAUGCUAGAUCACCCAGUCGCCGAUGCUUAUUGUGCGGUGAAAGAUGUCGUGAUGAUGCUGAAGUUGCUGAACAUGUUCGGCAAAAUCAUGCUGAAGAUGCUCCACCAAAUACAUGCACUCUUUGUGGAAAAACAUGUAAAGACAAACGCAGUUUAUUAAAGCAUUCAUGGGUUCAUAAUGUUGAUAAAACUUUUGGAUGUACAAAAUGUGGUAAACGUUUUCAUAGCAAAGCUAGAUUACGAAGACACAUGGUAUCACAUCGCAAUAAAAUGGUAGCUUGUGAUGAAUGUGGAGAAGAAUUUCCUAAUGGUAGAGCUCUUGUUAGUCAUCGUCAUUCACAUAAUAAAGAUUUAGGUGGUCGUUCUUUUCCAUGUCGAGAAUGUGGUAAAACAUUCGGAAGUCGUAGUUCACAACAAAUUCAUAUUCGUAUUCACACUGGAGAAAGACCAUAUGGUUGUAGAUUUUGUUGGAAAGCAUUUGCUGAUGGCGGUACUUUAAGAAAACAUGAACGUAUUCAUACAGGAGAAAAACCAUAUGGAUGUGCAAUUUGUCCACGUGCUUUUAAUCAAAGAGUUGUUCUUAGAGAACAUGUUCGAGCUCAUCACUCAGGUUCUGAUCCAGGACGUGUAGGUAGUCUUACUCCAUAUUUAUGUAAAGUAUGUGGUGAUACAUACGCAACAUCAGAAGAAAUAGUUGCUCAUAUUGUGCAACAUUGUGAUGAUAAUACUGCAUUAAAACGUCAACCGCAAACAGGACCACGAAAAUAUAAAAGGAGACGUAAAUUAAAACCCCAUGAAACCAACACAAUGUUGCGUAUGACUGAGCAAUAUGAUAUGAUAGAAGGAGCUUCUGAUUCAGAUGACAAUACUAAAAGAAAACUUGGAAGAAAAAAUAAACAACAUCGGUCGAAUGUUGAAGAAGGUUAUCAGAACGUUCUUAAGAGCUUUGAGAGUUCUUUACAAAAUAUAAAUUCAAUUGUUAGUAAUUCGAAAUUAAAUCCUGGAAAAUCCAAACUUUCUAAGAAAAAGCUUAGAAAAGAAGAAAAAAAGAAUGAAGCUGAAGCUUCAUGUCAACCUGGUAGACCAAAAAUGAUUCACACCCAAAAAACAAGAGUGCCUGUUGAAAUUGGUAGUGAUGGAGUAAAAAAAGGACAGAAAACGAAAACAAUGGUAACAAGGACUCCUAAAAUGAUGCCACAAGAACAUAAACUAGGUAUUUUUCCUGGUGGGGAAAGAAAUAGACCAAGAACAAAAAACGUUAGUUAUCAUAUUGAAGGGAAACUUCAACCAACACCUGCAACAUUCCCAAAACCAAAGGAAGAACCUCCAACAUCUUUAACACCAGCACAUCGUCAAUCACCAUUAACUAAUAUAAAAAUAGAACCUAAUUUACAAAAAACGCCGAAUAACAAUCACAGAAAUAAUAAUGGUAAUAUUCUUGCUAUUAAUAAUGAAAAAAUGGAAUCAACACCUAGAAAAAGAUCAGGUGUUUUGAAAAAAAUUAAAAAACAGAAAGAUGAAAUUAAACAAGAACCAAUGGAUAUUGAUCAUGAAGAAAUACAAAAUAAUAAUAAUACAGAAAAUACGGAUUCGACGAGAUUAAUGGAUCAUACAGUAGAUGGAAGUAACUUAGAAGUUGCAUUUGAAGCAAGUGUUACAACCGAAGAAGAAAAUAUACUUCCCGAUGUAGGUGAAGUAAAUAAUACCGAAGAUGUAGGAACUGGGAAUGUAAAACUUAGUGUAAAAGUUGAAUCGACAUCUCAACGAAUGUUGGCUGUUCAUACCGUUAUAGCACCUGUAGAUGAUAUUCCAGAAACUAUAGUACCAGAUGCUGUAGAAUAUACAUGCGAAAUGUGUUCCGCAGUAUUUUCCAGUCGAGCAGAAUUAUUGGUCCAUGUUCCAAUACACAUUUGAUUUAAUUUGUUUAAUGAAAUUAAAGGAGGUAUGCAAAUUUGUUCUAUUUUAAAAAUAUUUGUUUAAUUAAGCAAUAUUUUAACAUGGUCAAUGAAAGUUUAUCUGUUUAUUUGAAUUGACAUUAUGUUAUUAUGCCAAAUUGUCCUCUACUCGUUGCUCUAUGAAGUGUACCAGAUUUUUGUGUUUAACAUAUAUUUUAAAAGUUGAUGCUGUCUUUAGUUUAUUAUAUCAUUCUAAGGUAUAUAGAAAUUUUCAAACAUAUUUGUUUUUGUUUAUCAUUAUUAUUAUAUCCUUUUUAUACUAUUCGUGUUUCUCUUAAACUAAAAAAUAGUACAUAAUAUAAUAAAAUUUGGCUCAAAAUUCAUAUUGAAUCAUGAUACAAUGAGUAAUGUUACAAAUAUUUUAUAUGUUUACAAUUUAUGAAGUCAGUUACUUUGGUCAAAGAAUUGAAAUCUUAGACCAUUUUUUUGCCAUCCACAAUUUUAUACUAAAAUUUAACAAAAAAUGAAAUAAUGGCACGUUGUGUACAUAAAAUACUAAGAUAUUCUAAAUAUUAAUGCGAGUGUGUUUUAUAAUAUUACUCGUUUAUAUAAAUUAAAUUUACUCUGUACGUUUGCUUUUAGCUUCUAAGUAAUUAGAUAUAUGAUAGCCAAUGCAUUGAAGUACUAUGAUAAACAAUUUGUAUUAUUAACCCAGAUUGUUUUUCCUAUAUUUUUUACUUAUAACAAUAUUUACAAAAAUCAACAAUACAUUUGAAAAAUAUUGAUUGAUUUAUAAUUAAAAAAAAAAAAAUUAAACUUUUAAAUUUGCCUUAAAUCAAAUAAUUGUAAAGUAGUAAUAAUACACAUUGCAUAUGUUGCAUAGGAAACAUUUAUAAAAAUUAAUUUCGUAUUCUGGAGCAUUUUGUGAUACAAGGAACACGAAUGCAUUGUUAUUGUUACAAUAGUAUUCAUAAUAUAAUAAAAUAUGCUUAUUAUUAUAGUAUACUUCGUUUGCACUAACAUAUCUCAAUAGUUUUUAUAAAAUUUGGUAUUAUAUUUGAUUGUAUGAAAUAUGUGUAGAAUUUUAUGAGAAAUGAAGCAUUAAAACUUAAAUUAUGAAUUUCAAAAUUAUUUUAUUUUAAGCAUUAUUAUGCACAAUCAGAUCUGAUUUUAAUUUUAAAAAAAUGAUCUUCAAAGCAUAUCUUUGUUUAUUUGUAUUACAUGUUGAAAAUACAUGUUUCACUGGAUGUAAUAUAUCCAUCAUUGUAUAUUACUUAUAACUGAUGAGUGCUAUUGUAGUAUUACAUCAAAGAAUAUUAUGAAGUAAAGAGCAGAAUUAUAUUUUAUUUUAGAUAAUAUAAAUUCAUGUAUUAUAUAAGCUCAUAAAAGUUUAAUGUUACAGAGUAAAAAUUUGAGUAUUAAAUAUACUGUAUAUACUUUCAUACAAAUAUUUUAGAUAUAUUGACAAGUUUUUUUUAUCUUUGC